CAUGACAGUUAAGAGAGUCAACCUCAUUGUUGUGGCUGUGGAGUCUCUUUCUCUCUAUCUCUGCCUUGAAUAUAGUCAAUACCCCAACAGUCAUCUGCUGUAGGGAUUCCCACAAAUUCACUCCCUUCAGAGAGAGAAGAAAUUCCUCCCAUUCCUAUCUUCAAAUGGGCAGCUAUUCCCGGUCCUUGUUCACUGGGAGGCAGAUGAAUCCUUGGGAUUUUAACCGUAAGACACAGGAAGAGCAGCAGGCCAUUCAGUCACUGAAUGGGAUCGGAGCUGAUUCGACAUUCCUCCUGCCUCCUUCCUUGCCCGUUCCUUCGGUUUCUCUGACUGAUCAGGAAUCUCUCGAUCUCAGCCUUCAGGACUCUGUCCCCUCAGCCCUCUGUGGCAGUGAGACUCUCCAUCCUCAGACAGAAGAAAUUCCUCUUCAUCUCAGUCUGAAGUCCUCUCCAGCAGAGAAGGCAGUGAAUGGUCAGUCUUGCAGUACAGGGUCAUCGUCGCUGCCAUUGCCAUGGUUUCUCGGAAGCAGGAGAGGUUACUGCGCUAUGUGGAGGAUGGCAAUGUGCUGAAGGUGAAGUCCUACCUGCGCAGACACCACGGGCUGUCAGUGACGUUCAGGGGACGGAAGGGCCGAAGCCCACUCCAUGUGGCCUGCUCCCAGAGAGACGACGCUAUCACCAGGCUGCUCCUGCAACACGGAGCAGACCCCCUACUCCAGGACCACAGGGGCAAUACCCCACUGCACCUUGCUGCCCGCCAGGCAGUGAAGAGAGGAACCAGAGUCUAUGAGGAUCUGGUUGUCCCCCUCAGGAAGUCUUGCCCAGCGGCUAUGGAUGUGCUCAACAGGGAAGGCCUCACUCCUGGAGACCUGCUCGGGUCGAUGAAGAUGCGGCAGCAAUGUCCAGGGGCUGAGGAAGAGAACGAGACAGCCAAGGGUCAAGCCGACAGGGAGUGGUACCAGAAGCUCUCUGCUGAAUGUGAGGCUGAGUUCUACACCCAGUGUGGGCGCUAUGAAGAGGACCUGUCCACGGGAGAGGCGGAGCCUGAGACGUACGAUACCUGGGCUGACCGCCUGGCGAGGGAGUAUGCGGCGAAGCGAUGCAGAGGGGCGGGGAACAGCUGGAGCAGGGAGCAGUGGGCCAAGGAGAAGGAGUGGGAGCAGCAGGAGCAGGAACACCGGCGAUACCUGGAGCAGGCACAGAGGCUCCAGACGGAGCGGGCGGCUAGCCACAAGCAGCGAUAUGAGCGAGGCUGUGCCCACAUCUUCGGUCAGGGCUCUCCGGGCACCGGGACCCCGCUGAGCUACAGCGACAUCCCUUGGCCUGCUCCCAGAGGCACAGUGGAGGAGAUGGUGGCAGUGAUCCUGCACGGGGUGGAGCGUGGAGAUCCGGGUGUCUACCGCCGCUACCUGAGGGGACAGCAGGUCAUGUGGCACCCUGACCGCUUCACUCAGCGGUGCGGGGACCGCCUGGCACAGGCUGACCGCCAGAGGAUCCUGGACACUGUCAUUGCCCUGUCCCAGGCCCUCAACAGGCUGGCUGACGGUGCCCGCUGAUGGGCUGGACAGUACAGGGCGGGGAUGGGCAGAGUGGCCUCCUGCUCCUGCGCUGUGAUUCCCUCAUCGGCCGCCUCCUAUGGGCCAGCAGGAGGGGCUGGUAUGGGCAGAGUAGCCACCUCCUAUGGGCCAGCAGGAGUGACUGGGAUGGGCAGAGUGACCUCCUCCUGUGGGCCACCAGGAGGGGCUGGGAUGGGCAGAGUGACCUCCUCCUGUGGGCCAGCAGGAGGGGCUGGGAUGGGCGGAAUGGCCGCGUCCUGUGGGCCAGCAGGAGGGGCUGGGAUGGGCAGAGUGGCCGCCUCCUGUGGGCCAGCAGGAGGGGCUGGGAUGGGCAGAGUGGCCUACUCCUCCUGCUCCUGUGCUGUGAUUCCAUCACCAGCCUCUCUCUUUGGACCCUGUCAGAAUUUCCCAAUCCAACCCACACCUUCCGAACUGAGAGUCAAACCCAUCGGAAAACAGCUCCACGUUAUCCCACCCGGAACAACAAUCCACGCUCGCCCGGACGUUGAGGGAGAAGUGGGGUGGUAGGCAGGCUGACAACGUCAAACAAUUCAAAAAUCAAAGGCUCACUGGUUAGCACGGCUGCCUCACGGUGCCAGGGAGCCGGGUUCGAUCCCACCCUCGGACAGACUCUCUGUGU